GUAUGGAAUGCAGUUGUUCAGAGAAGCUAAAAUGAAUGGUGGCAUGUCCAAACAUAGAAAGCACGUGCAAGAACAAUGAUUUGUACAAUGUUUUCAUUUGCAUGUGUUUAACAUCCACGAGUGUAUCAGAAACCAGUAGUUAUACAAUGCGUGUUUAGUGUGUUUUUGCAAACAUAUAAGUAAUGUUUAUACGGUCCGUUUUUCGUCUUCGCCACCGCACUUGUUGCUUCUAUUGUCUGCACCUUCGACUCGCCCACCGGUGACUUUGCAGUUUGUGCAGAAAAAUCAAGUAUUUUGCGGUGCUCAAGUUGAACCAGAGUUCAUGCUCUGGAACUUCUUUUUGUUGGUGAAAACGCACGUCACCGGUUCAAAAUCAGAUUUGGGAACAGGCUUCAAUCUGUGUUGGUGAAAAAGGGGUAAGAGUGGACUAAUGUAUUCUAAUGCGAAAACAGCUAAACAUGCAUUUAUUGCAGAAGCUUGCUGAUUUAUAAACUUAGCAGAAUGAGACCAUAAAGACAUUUAAUUUCACAUGUAUUAACAAAUAUCAAAAUAAACAGUUAAUCACAGUGGCUUUAGGGUCAAAAUAUUUUGAUAAUCUUGCACACACAAUCUCUAGAAUAACAGGUGAUUUAGCUCCAUUUAAAGUCAUGAUGGAGGCUUUCUAAACAGCCAUGUUCAUAAGUAAAUUGUGCAAAAAGUCCAGAUUCCUGAGUUCCAUAUAACUAGAAACCCUUUUCUAAUAUUAUAUAAUGUCAGAUAAUCAAGCUAAAAAAAGCUUCUAGUAAAGCCUAUAGAGGUCACAUAAGCUGAAAAUGUCAAAAUGACAUUUUCCAUAUUCAGAAAGGUUAUAAUCAGAGUAGUUUUCUUUCCCAUUCACUGCCAGUAUUAAGUGUCAAUCUGUACACUCUUAAGUGUGUAGAGUAGCGUCUGCACAGUGAUGUGCUUCGUGAUCCGUUUCUGUUUUACAGAUGUUAAUGGAUGGGUAUAAUAGCCCUGUUGUGUCCACGAGGCUGUAAAGAUGUGAGUAGUUCCUAUAACACAUCAGCAGCAUCGAUAACAUCAGUCCUGCCUCCUGUUUAAAGUACCAUCGCUCAGCCUGUUCACCUCUGCAUGUGUAAAUUAAAUGUCAGUCUUUGCAAAUGGCUGUUUAUUUUAAGAGGUACACACGCACACACACACACACACAUACACACACAUGCACACACAUGCACAACUUGCUGCUGAAUGAUGCUCGCAGGCUUCAGACAACCCUGUCUCUGUCUCUCUCUCUCUCUGUCUCUCUUCCUUACUCACAGCCUAGCCAUGCUGACUGGAGUCUCCGUCAGCCAAUGGUAGGGCAGCAUCCCACACUGCCAUAAGCCAGUGCGGGAGGAAGGGAUUGGCUGAAGUGAUCAAAGCUCCGAAGGCAGAUGAAAUGCCAGGUCUCCUGUGCAUCUGGGAAAAACUGGGCUGCCUUAUGAUGGGAACAGAUACUCACUCCACUUGUUGGCAUUAACGUUCAGUUCAACAUCAGGAAGGAAAAGCACUCCACCUUUUUUUGAAUGUUGCUGCUCUGCUGUGGUGUGGGCUCAGCAUUGUCUACCUUCAUGUGGAGAAAGAGGCUGCUGGUGCACUCAUUGAUCCCCCCUUCCUCCUCAUUCAUCCUCUCUGGAUCAGGUCUUUUGCACUAGAGAUCCGCUUCCUGGAAUCUCAGUCCUCCAUGUACGAUAACCUCUACCUCCAUGGCUUUGAAGACUCGGAGGCGGGCUCAGCCGAUUCCUACACAAGCCGACCGUCUGACUCUGAUGUGUCCCUGGAGGAGGAGAAGGAGGGUGGUCGGCAAGAGAGGGAACAGCAGGCCACGGUUCAGCUUGAGAGGGCAAAGAGUAAAGCAGUGGCAUUUGCUGUGAGGACCAAUGUCAGUUACUGUGGUGCGCUGGACGAGGACGUUCCUGUGCCCGGCACAGCUGUCUCUUUUGAUGCCAAGGACUUCCUCCACAUCAAAGAGAAGUACAACAAUGACUGGUGGAUCGGUCGCCUGGUGAAGGAAGGCUGUGACAUCGGCUUCAUCCCGAGCCCGCUAAAGCUGGAAAAUGUCCGGCUUCAGCAGGAGCAAAAGAGAGGACGCUUCCAUAGCAGCAAAUCCAGUGCAAAUUCCUCCUCCAGUCUGGGAGAAAUGGUGUCUGGCACAUUCAAACCAAACCCAAACUCAGCAGGAAAACAGAAGCAAAAGGUGGCUGAACAUGUCCCUCCAUACGAUGUGGUUCCAUCUAUGAGGCCGGUGGUCCUGGUUGGACCAUCCCUGAAAGGUUAUGAGGUGACAGAUAUGAUGCAGAAAGCCCUGUUUGACUUCCUGAAGCACAGGUUUGAUGGGAGGAUAUCUAUCACUAGGGUUACUGCUGAUAUUUCAUUAGCCAAGAGGUCAGUACUUAACAACCCUAGUAAGAGGGCCAUCAUUGAGAGAUCCAACACCCGCUCCAGCCUCGCUGAGGUCCAGAGUGAAAUAGAAAGGAUCUUUGAGUUGGCCAGAUCUCUACAGCUCGUGGUUUUGGAUGCAGACACCAUUAAUCACCCAGCACAGCUUAUCAAGACCUCAUUAGCUCCCAUCAUUGUUCAUGUCAAGGUGUCAUCUCCUAAGGUCUUGCAACGUCUCAUCAAAUCACGAGGGAAAUCUCAAAGCAAACACUUGAACGUGCAGCUUGUUGCAGCAGAAAAACUAGCUCAGUGCCCAUCUGAGAUGUUUGACAUUAUUUUGGAUGAGAACCAGCUUGAAGAUGCCUGCGAACACCUGGCAGAAUACCUGGAGGCGUACUGGCGUGCUACCCAUACUUCACUUAGCACGCCACUCAACCCCCUGCUGGGACGCAAUCUGGGUACCACUGCUCUCUCCCCGUAUCCAGCCGCCAUUCAGGCCCAAAAGAAUCGAAACAGCAACCACACAACAACUGACCAUUCCCCCGUCGAGUGCCGCAGCCUGAUGCCUGCAGAUGAGAACUAUCAUAACGAACGGGCCCGGAAGAAUCGCAACCGCCUGUCCUCGAGCUCACAGCACAGCAGGGACCACUCACCACUGAUGGAGGAAGACUACCAGGACCCCUAUCAGGACGCUUACAAGCCUCACCGCAAUCGAGGAUCCCCCGGAGGCUAUAGCCAGGACUCCAGGCAUAGGCUCUGAGCUGAUACCUGUCUCCAAACAUCUGCCGUGAACACAAAAGCUGAGGCAGCAUUAGCCGCUCUGUUGUGAUAAAUCUACUACAGUCGUGAACUGGAACGAUCUCUUUUGUCUGUGUAGUACCUCAUAUCCCCUUUGACCUUGGUUGUUGCCAAAUGGACAUUUAUAACCUAAUAAAAAACUGCCUUUCCUAUUAUGUGAAUAAAAGGGUGGACAUGUAGCACAAGAACUAUGUUUUAAGGGAAGGAUGGAAGUGGAGCUUGUUUAAAUAUGUCACACAAGUAGCUUUUAAGUUAAAUCAACUAACAAGUGAAUGUGUGGGGAGGAGGCUCUUCUACACUUUCCCUGCCAUCUCAGCUGUCCUUGUAGCAUGUAGGUGGGGCUGUGAAGCCAGUGCCAGACAGUAUCCUGCUGUGAUUAGCAACUCAGUACUUGUUUGAACCUAUCUUAGAGCUGAGGGAAGCAAAUUAUGCCAAUAUUAAAAGGUUUGUUUGCUACUGUCUUCAACUUGAGCGCGAGAGUCUUGUAAAAGCUUGUUCGCAAAUUCCUUACUUUUGCUAUGAGUUUUCGAUGUGAUUUGUAUUGUUUUCUCUUCAAAGUUCAUAGCUUCCUGUACUCUUUCUUUAUUUUCCCUGAAUUCCCUUUUUGUUAUCAGUUGUAUCCAAAGUCAUGCAGAUAGAUAGACAUUUAAAGCUCCAAACUUCAGGAAUGAGAGGUCUCUGAGACCUGGAAGUGUAGCGUUUGUAUUCUACCCAUCUGGCAAGAAUAUAUUUUUGGUGUAUUAUUUACUCUACAGUGCCUUCCAUGAGUAUUUACGUUAAAAUUUCAUUGGGAUAAAACAUGGUGUUGGCAGCAUUAUGCUGUGGUGAUACUGGCCAGAGUGAGUGAAAAGAAGGCAUUACAUAAAGUGCAAUCCUGGAAUAAACCCUGUCAGAGGCUGCGGUCACACUACUGGUCCAGUUCAGGGAUCAGUACACCUUCAAUUGCUCUGGUUUGCCUUCACACAGAGAUUUUUUUAGACCACACCAACCAACGUCAUGCAGUUGUAACGGAUUGUUUCGGCAGCAGUAUUGCGCUGGCGGAGACAAAAAAAGGCAAGAAGAAGAAAGUCUGCUUCAUCGGGGUUUCUGUUGCUACUUUGGUGUUCAAUGUAGUUAUGCGUCUCCAGCUCUUCACUACUCCACAUAGCGCCACAAGACAAUUUCAAACUCUUUUGUCUUAAGGUUUGAGCUCUUAUUUUGUUUUUGCCCUAAUUUUUCUUCUUCUACUCAUAUGCGCUGCUCUUCAUUACAUCCUCUCUUCCUGCUUUUGGCACGCUGGCCAGGCAUGCAUUCACAUUGCUUGCGAACUGCUCCAGGGUCCGCAUAAACUGUGCCUAAGACUAAGACUUAGACUGGCAGUUGUAACCGUGCCUGGGUAGGGUUCUCUGGUCCGUUUCAGGGCCCCCAGAUGGGUUCACAUCAGUGUGAUCCACUCCAGAAACCAGACUCUGGCACUGUAAAAACUUUCCAAAGGUUUGGUGUGAAACCACUGUAUGACCGGGGUGGAAGUUCACCUUCCAGCAGAACAACAACCUUAAACACACCGUCAGAACUACUAUGGAAAGCCUUAGUUCUAAACAUACUGAAGUGUGAAUGAUCCAGUCGAAGUCCACGUUUAAAAUCAAUUGAGAAUGGCAAGGCUUAAAAAUUGCUGUUCAUAGACAUCCAAUCUAUUUGAGCUUGAAUGGGCAAAACUGUACUCUUCUAGAUAUGCUAAGCUGGUGCAUUCCCCUGAAAGAUUUGAAGCUACAAUCAAAGCAUAAAGUGUUUCUAGAAAGUGGAAAUACUUUAUGCUCAAAACUUUUGAAACCCACGUAUCAUUUUCCUUUCAUUAACAAUUACACUAUAUUGCCAAAAGUAUUUGUCUGUCAACUUUUACAUGUACAUGAACUUUGAUGACAUCCUAUUCUUAAUCAAUAAAGUCCAGGUUGUUGAUUUGUUGCCAUCUUUAACUAUUCUGUAAAUAUCUUCCUCAAGGUUUAGGAGUAUGUUCAUAGUUAGAUGAGAAAAUCGGAAUUGCAGCCUUCGCUCUAAUUGAUCCCAAAGGUUUUCAGGAAGGUUGAGGUCAGGAUUCUGUGAAGACCAGUCAAGUUUUUUCACAUGAAACUUUAUACACCUGCAGCCAUGGAAGUGAUUGGAACACCAGAAUUAAUUGAUUUGGUGGUGGAACCAAACACUUUUGGCAAUAUAGUGUAUGUGCGACUUUAUGAUGGGCUAAAACAUAAAAUCUUAUGAAAAUACAAUGAAUGUUUGUGGUUAUAAUGUGAUGAAAUGUAGAAACGUUCAAAGGGUGUGAAUGCUUUUGUAAGGCACUGUAGCUGUAGUGGAAUGCUAUAAUAUGCAUUUAGCUUUUGUCUUCAGACAUGAAUUUAGCAGGGCAUGAUUACAAAAACCAAGAGUGGAUUUUAGUUUGUGAAAUAUUGAGGGCUUCCAUGUGUAAAUACUUUUAACAUUUAUAGAAAAAAAAACAUCCUCUCUAAAAUUUCACUUUUGGUAAAUCUGAUUACAUUCAAUGAGUUUUUUCCAGGAUCUUGGACAUAUCUCAGAUUUUUAAAAAAACACGUUUUUUCCAAAGAUUUUAUAAAAUAAAUAACUGAAAAAUGUUCAUGGAUUAGAAACUGAUCCUGACCCUCUUCUAUAUUUUCAAGUGUGGCUUUUUACAGUAUUUCAAUGACCUUUAGAAACUCUUGAUGAACAUGGAAAAUUAUGUAACAAAGGCAGGACUGUUUUGUAGAGAUACAUUAGAGCUUUUGCUGGCCAAUACUAACAACUAAACUAUCACUGACCAUAAAAAGGAAAACGUGCUGCAGGUUCUUUCAUAGAGGUAGUAGUUUUGAAUCCAAAAGAAAAUGGAUGGAUUGCAGGACUACCUUUUCACUAAACUCAAAACAAAUUGCAUCAAAGAACAUGUGAUUUCUUGAUGUGUUUACAGUCUGAAAAAUUACUAGUUUUAAGUUUUGAUGCAUUAGAGGAAUAAGUGAAAAAUUAUUUUCAGUAUCUGACCUGCUGAUUACUGUUUAGAGUCGAUUAAAUUAAAAUUGGGACAUUUUAAUCACUGGCUGAUUAACUGGUCUAUUUCCACUUUCAUGUCUUUCCAAAUUUCAUUUCUGUUACAUGCUGCUUUUUGCUAAAUGUAGUGGAUUUUCCUAUAUUUUUCAUUUAAAUGUACACUGCCAAUAAACAAGGGGAACAAUAGAGCAUAAUCUUGGAAUGACAUAAUCUUGAACCUUGUAUUAUAACAUGCAGUUAUUUGUAUUCCAUGGGUCCUAAAUGACACACUGCAGUAAAACCUGAAGGAUCAAAAAGAAUAUUUUUGUUGAUUCCAAAUAGUGGAGCAUUAGCAGCAAUUAAAAAAUAUGAAAAAUGCUUGUGAGAGAAACAUGCAUUAAUUAGAAGUGUGCACUGUCAUUUUACAGCCGUAUUGAAAUAAACUACACUGUUGUAUGGA